AAUUAUCAACAGUCCGCAACAUAUGCUGCACUGCUAGCUCUUUUUGAGUUUGCAAUAUCUCGCGGCCUGAGAAUGGACCAGUACAUCCAGCGAAUCAGUUCCAUGGCGGAAGAGUGUCUGGGCUCGAACGAUCACAACAGUCGAGUGGUCGCCAUCAAAUACUUUGUUACUGCUUUCUUGAAAGACAAGGAGGAAUGCUCGGAUGAGGAUUUUUUGUUGUUGGAAGAACUUUUGUCGGAUGCGGCGGAGGAUCGUGAUUCACGUGUACGAAUAGCCGCUCUGAGAGGUCUCUCUGAAUUGGCAGCCAAUGGGCGCUUAUUAAGUUUUCACAUAUACUUGCAAGUGAAAAACGUACGUUUUUUUGAGGUGACUGGUCGAAAUGAUGCAAAGUUGCGGCUGGUGGACGAUGCAUUUGCGACUGUAUGCCACGCAAUCAACGAUGUUGAGGUUUCCGUGAGAGCUGUUGCUGCUCGUCUUUUGGGUGAUUUUCAACAAGUUUCCGAUUCUUUCUUGGAUCAGACACUCGACAAGAAGUUGCUGAACGCUAUGAGAAUGUCAAAAACACGUGAAAGUGCUUCGAAAAGGCCUCAGAAGCAUGGGUCACGGCAUCAACGAUCUCAGGCCAGCAGUGAAUGGUCAACAGGGAGGAGAUUGGGUGAAGACGUGCCAGUCGAGAGAUUCGAUGAAGAACAAUCCAGUAUAAUCUCAUCUGGAGCGUGCGGAGCUUUUGUCACUGCCUUAGAGGACGAAUUUAUGAGUUAG